AUGAUCAGACACAGCAUCAAGAAGCGAUGGCAAAAGCUAGGGGUCUGGAAUUCGAAAUGGGGAGUUCCCACCGGCGAGUUAGGUGGGUUUGGGAACAAUGACGGCCCAAAAUCCUGGGAGUGGGAAUCGCUCUCUCAAGCCAGAGAAUCGGCUGAAAGUCGGGCGAUUCGACUGCAUCUUCAAAGACAAGGUCGUGAGAAUGAAAAUCUGACACCACAACUACAGGAAGUUGGUGAUACACCUGACAUACAGGUGGACGAUCGUGAGUCUCUGAUUACGAGUCGGCCUUGGUUCUUGUGGGCACUGGAGGUUGCAGAGGAAGCAGUGAGGCUGCAGCGCAACCCAAAGCAGUCGAAGAUCGAAGCUUAUGAGCCCGCACCUGGAGUAAUAAUAUGCCUCGAGAUUGGCUGGAUGGAUGGAGCGACUUGCCUGGUUGGAAGUGGAAAGAUGAGUCACCAUCGCCAGAACCCUCCAGAUCCGGACGAGAUGGAGUUUACUCCGUCUGAGAUUGAUGCAUCGGAAGCGAUACGGCCAUCUACGCCGCAACCGCAACCCAAGUCGGCACACCCUGAACGUCGGCCCCCAUCACCUACUGCUCAUCCUGUCAGGUCUCUUUUCUGGAAUAGCUUGAACGCAGCAUCGCCCUGUUCAACAGAGCCAACUGCAAAUUCCCUCACAGACAAUGAAAUAUACGCAGAGUCGGCACAGCCAUUGUUACAGGACUACGCUGAGACUCCGUCUCGCACAGAACAAAGGCCGCAGUCGUCCCCUGCGACAUUACGCAAACAGCAGCGUCGGCAUACGACGCAUCGUCAUCUCACAGGUUCGAACACUCGUGUGACUCGCUCAACGAGACUGGUCGAAGUCCCCAAGAAACCUACACGAAAGCAACGAACAUCUCAAGCUCCCACCUCUGAAACCUCCAAACUAGCUCCAUUACCCCGCCGGAGUCCUAGAAUCGCGAAACGAGACCGUCACCAAAAAGAUGCGGCAGCUCAAUCGGAUGCUGUGAAAGCUUCAGCCAUAGCCAAAGUAAUACAACAGUCACAGCUGGAUGAAGACAUAGAAGAGACCUUAAGUUGCGCAAAAAGGACAAAGAAUGGCCAACUCAAGCAAAGACAUCCGCGAAAAUCUUCGACACCGCUAGGCGCCACCAAGCGAAUGGCUCGUUCAAGGAAUGUGAAUGCUUGA